AUGGACGACAUGGACGACGAACCAAAAGCUGGCUGCCCCGGCAUCCUAAUCAUCUCCUUCAAGUGUGAAUCCUUCCACGAGCAGUACAGCGAGCUUCUCGGCAAACUCCAGACUCAAGCAAACGUCAAAGAAGUCCUCGAGCCUACCGCCGCCAGCAGCGAGAUCGAUCGAGGCCACUACCAAGCCAUCCUCGUGACUGACGCAGCCAUUACCGAACGCAAACACAGCAACAUCCUCUCCCGGCUGCGCAAAUACCUUCGGGCUCAACUGGAGCGUCUCGGCCAUGACCAAUCGCGAUCAAAGCUCAACCCAGGCGUGAGUGAGCUGGCGACAGAGGGAUUGGCCGAGAUGUACCCCUACACCAAGGCGGUAUAUCUACGAGGCAUGGAGAGAGAUCAGAUGGUCUACUUGAACUAUACUGCGCCGGAGGACAUUGACGAGGGGGACGAUAGGGACUUGGACGAAUAUGGACAGGUAGUGGGAGAAGAGCAGGACACCUCUGUUGCAUUUGCGGGGGUGGACGAAGGCUGGGUUGGCUUCAUUGGGGAUCUCAAUCAUGGGGUGGAGAUGGAGAAGACGGUGUUGUCUAUGUGCGGGCUUGAUGCUCGUUGA